GUUGCUUCCCAGGCUUAACAUUGCAAACAAACAAGACUGUGUCUCCGUGAGUAUCAACUGAAACCCUCCUCGUUCUUCUCACGAAACAGGCAGGAACAAUCCUUCUUUUGGAAAACUCGCUCUUUCCUUCGAAUUGCCGGGAGGCUUCUUUUCAAGUGCUCCGAACAGAAUCCCGCCUACUUUCCAUUGUUUCUUUUCAACUUCUCGUCUUCCUUUGGGAAAAGAAUACUUGGCUCGAUCUCGCAGUCUCGAUUUCUGAAGCAAAUCAAUCGCAUUACUUUCCCAAUCACUUCUUUCUUCUUUCUUCCUUCUCUUCAAGUUCAUAUCCCCCGCCCUUCCUCGACACACCCGCGAUCAAAGCACAUCUGACACCAUGGACGAAUUCUGCGUUCGUCUCCUUUCCUACUUCGAGCGCAGCGAGGAUGGAAAGCCUGGCCGGUGGCCUCAUCCCAAUCUCUCGCCCGAGGACAUGGCAGGCGCGGGCUUUCGCCUGGUGAGCACCCAGGCGAAGUCGGGAGACAGCGUCAUCUGCAACUUCUGCAGUCUUCAGGCGUGGGCGUGGGACAGGAAGGACGACCCGUACCAUCAGCACCAGGACGGGUCGCCCAAAUGCGAGUACGUCGUCUCCGACAUCUUUCGCAAGCAUCAAGAGUUCUUCCUCAAGAAGCAGCUUGAGAAGACGGAGACUGAGGAGCGGCUCCUCACCCCUCCCAUGACUCCCACCAAGAGAACCUACAAGCCCCGUCGCCGCAUGGGUUUCUCCCCCAUCGUCACUGUGUACGACUCGACGCCCUCCCACAACGCGACCUGGGCCUCAGAGGAGGCGCAGGAGAGCACCGAAAAGCCGCUCGAGAUCACCGUCUCGACUGCCGAGGCCAAGGUCGUCAUACAGGUCAUUGGCGCGGGCGAGCAUCGUAAGUCACUUUCUGAUGUUGUUCAUGGGAGUUAUGGCGUACGCUGACCAGCUGGCCAGGCGCGAAGCGAGUCCGUCUCGAGUAGAUAUCUACGAGUUCAAGACGAUAUUUUAUGACUUGACAUGAUGCCGACUUCAACACGACGAACCGACAUUGCUCCGAUAUAGCUCUGGUGAGUCUAACUCGGUCCUGUUC